AUGGAUUACGAGAACGAUUCCGACUACGAUUAUGGCUACGAUGAGGGCAUCACCCCCGAGGACUGCUGGAUUGUAAUCUCCUCCUUCUUCGAAACAAAGGGUCUUGCUUCCCAGCAAACCGACUCCUUUGACGAUUUCACACAAACCACCGUCCAGGAUCUCGUCAAUGAGUACUCAAACAUCUCUCUCGACCAGCACAACCCCCCUGGACCUGCGGGAGUGAACAUCGCUUUGCGCCGAUAUGAGAUCAAGUUUGGAAGUGUGAUGGUUUCUCGACCCUCCAUCAGCGAGACCGACGGUACCAUCACCUCACUCUUGCCUUACGAGUGUCGUGACCGAAACCUCACCUACGCCGCACCAGCUUACCUAAAGAUCUCCAAAAAGGUGUCCGUUGCUGUGGACAAGGAGAUUCCUCUCCAUGAGAUGGACGAUGAGCAGCAGGCAGAGUACAAGCGAACAGGCGAACACCCCACAAAAUUGGUAUGGGAGGUAGAGGAAAACAGCGAGGCCAUGAAAGGGGAGGAUGACCAAUCGGGUAUGGUCUUCGUCGGAAAGAUGCCAAUUAUGGUCAAGUCGAAGAUUUGCCAUCUGAGCAGAUUCCAAGAAGACGACCUCUUCAUGCUCAAUGAGUGCCCCUACGAUCAGGGUGGAUACUUCGUUAUCAACGGUAGUGAGAAGGUCCUGAUCGCACAGGAACGCUCCGCCGCCAAUAUCGUUCAGGUUUUCAAGAAGGCUAUGCCAAGUCCUUAUACCUACACUGCCGAGAUUCGAAGUGCCCUCGAGAAGGGUUCACGUCUUAUCUCAAGUCUUAUGAUGAAGCUAUACGGCAAGGGAGAUUCUGCGCGAGGUGGUUUCGGCCAAACAAUUCAGACUUCGCUACCGUUCGUCAAAUCAGACCUUCCCGUUGCUAUCGUCUUCCGAGCUCUGGGUGUUGUGUCCGAUGAGGAUAUUCUCAACCAUAUUUGCUACGACCGAAACGAUAGUCAGAUGUUGGAGAUGCUUCGACCCUGUAUCGAGGAAGCUUUCUGUGUUCAGGACCGAGAGGUUGCUCUCGACUUUAUCGGAAAGCGUGGAAACAGAGAUCAGGCCAGUCUUGGUCGCGAGAAGCGUGUCCGUGUUGCCAAAGAUAUUCUCCAGAAGGAGACCUUGCCUCAUAUCUCCCAGACAGAGGGUAGCGAGACCAGGAAGGCUUUCUUCUUGGGCUACAUGGUGCACAAGCUUCUUCAGUGUGCUCUUGGACGUCGUGAGCCGGAUGAUCGUGAUCACUUCGGAAAAAAGCGACUUGAUCUUGCUGGUCCUCUGUUGGCGAAGCUCUUCCGUGGUAUUAUCCGCAGGAUGAACACUGAGCUGUCCAACUACCUAAAGCGCUGUGUUGAAAGCAACAGACAUUUCAACUUGGCUGUCGCUAUCAAGCCAGGAACAUUGUCCAAUGGUUUGAAGUAUUCGCUGGCCACAGGUAACUGGGGAGAUCAAAAGAAGGCAGCAAGCUCCACAGCUGGUGUCUCUCAGGUGUUGAACAGAUAUACCUUCGCCUCUACUCUGUCGCAUUUGCGACGUACCAACACCCCCAUCGGACGAGAUGGUAAACUGGCCAAACCUCGUCAGCUACACAACACCCAUUGGGGUUUGGUUUGUCCUGCUGAAACGCCUGAGGGACAGGCUUGUGGUUUGGUCAAGAACUUGUCUCUGAUGUGUUACGUGAGUGUGGGCUCUCCUGCGGAUCCUCUGAUUGACUUCAUGAUCCACAGAGGUAUGGAAGUGGUUGAGGAGUAUGAGCCAACAAGAUACCCACACGCUACCAAGAUUUUUGUCAACGGUAGCUGGGUUGGUGUUCACUCUGACCCCAAGCAUCUUGUCCACCAAGUCUUGUCCACCCGACGAAAGAACGUCGUUCAAUUCGAAGUAUCACUUGUCCGUGAUAUUCGAGACCGAGAAUUCAAGAUCUUCUCUGAUGCAGGCAGAGUCAUGAGACCAGUCUUUACAGUACAGCAGGAGGAUGACGACGAGACUGGUGUUCAGAAGGGACAGCUUAUACUGACCAAGGAACUGGUUACCAAGCUCGCCCAAGAGCAGGCGGAGCCAUCGGAUGAUCCAUCAGAGAAGCUUGGCUGGGAGGGUCUUGUUCGCGCUGGAGUUAUCGAGUAUCUCGAUGCUGAGGAAGAAGAAACGGCCAUGAUCUGCAUGACGCCCGAGGAUCUCGAACUUUACCGCGAGCAAAAGAUCGACGAGGCGACCCUCACAGUGGAAGAGAGGCAGGCCAAGCAAGAGGCUGAGAAGAGAGAACAAGAGGAAGAACGCAACAAGAGAUUGAAGACAAAGGUCAAUCCUACGACUCACGUGUACACACACUGUGAGAUUCAUCCUAGUAUGAUUCUUGGUAUUUGUGCCAGUAUCAUUCCCUUCCCUGAUCACAACCAGUCUCCUCGUAACACCUACCAAUCUGCCAUGGGUAAACAAGCUAUGGGUUUCUUCUUAACAAACUAUUCCCGACGUAUGGAUACCAUGGCCAACAUUCUCUACUACCCUCAAAAGCCCCUUGCCACUACUCGAUCUAUGGAGCAUCUCAAGUUCCGUGAACUACCCGCUGGUCAAAACGCCAUCGUCGCAAUUGCUUGUUACUCAGGAUACAACCAGGAAGAUUCCGUUAUUAUGAACCAGAGUAGUAUCGAUAGAGGUCUAUUCCGCAGUCUGUUCUUCCGAUCUUACUCUGAUCAGGAGAAGAAGGUCGGUCUCAACUACACAGAAAUCUUUGAGAAGCCUUUCCAGCAGACAACACUUCGAAUGAAGCACGGAACAUACGACAAGCUUGACGAGGAUGGUAUUGUGGCCCCUGGUGUACGAGUUUCCGGUGAAGAUAUCAUUAUUGGCAAGACGGCGCCCAUCGAUCAGGAGAACCAGGAUCUGGGUACCAGAACCCAAUCGCACCAGCGUCGUGAUAUUUCGACACCGCUGCGAAGUACAGAAAACGGUAUCGUUGAUCAAGUCAUUCUGACAGUCAACGCCGACAAUGUGAAGUACGUCAAGGUUCGUGUACGAACCACCAAGAUUCCCCAGAUUGGUGACAAGUUUGCUUCUCGUCACGGUCAAAAGGGUACCAUUGGUGUCACCUAUCGACAGGAGGAUAUGCCUUUCAGCAGAGAAGGCCUGACUCCCGAUAUUAUUAUCAACCCUCACGCUAUUCCCUCUCGAAUGACAAUUGCCCAUUUGAUUGAGUGUCUUCUUAGUAAGGUCUCAACACUUGAAGGUAUGGAGGGUGAUGCAACGCCAUUCACUGAUGUGACGGUCGACUCCGUCUCAGAGCUUCUAAGAAAGCACGGAUACCAAUCUCGAGGCUUCGAGAUCAUGUACAAUGGCCACACUGGACGCAAGCUCCGUGCUCAGGUGUUCUUUGGACCUACCUACUACCAGCGACUUCGUCACAUGGUGGACGACAAGAUCCACGCUCGUGCUCGUGGUCCCGUUCAGAUCAUGACCAGACAGCCUGUGGAAGGUCGUGCUCGAGAUGGUGGUCUCCGAUUCGGAGAGAUGGAACGUGAUUGUAUGAUUGCUCACGGCGCUGCUGCUUUCUUGAAGGAGCGUUUGUUUGAGGUGUCGGAUGCUUUCCGAGUCCACGUCUGCGAAAUUUGUGGACUCAUGACACCCAUUGCCAACCUUUCCAAACAAUCGUUCGAAUGUCGACCAUGCAAGAACAAGACCAAGAUUGCUCAGAUCCACAUUCCCUACGCGGCCAAGCUUCUCUUCCAGGAGUUGCAAGCCAUGAACAUUGCCGCCAGAAUGUUUACCAACCGAUCCGGAGUUUCAAUUCGUUAA